AAAGGCAUAUAGUAUAUUUUUUCCCAAACUAUUACGUCUUCUUGACUACCACCAUUUUACCACAGACACACAAAAACACAAAGAGCGAAAAAAGAAAAAAAAAGAAGGGAAGAGCUGAAGGAUUCGCGACGAAGCAAACAACAGCAACUAUCGCCGUCUUGUUCUGUUGAACAUAGACAAAGUUGAAAACUUUGAACUUUCCAUUGUUUUAACUAUUUAUUACUGAUCAUUCGAAUCUGGAAUAAAAGUAAAAUGAGUGCUUACUCAGUGUUUAUUUCUGGAAAUUGAGUGUCCAAAAGAUAGAAGAAGAAGAUGCAGAGGGUUAAAGUUUCAUCCCAAAGAGCAGCUGUGCACAAGCUUGGUGAUUCUCAGAUGACAUUAUCUCCCAAAUUUAGAGUAGCCGCAUCGAUUCAAUCACCAUCGUUUGAUAGUUCAUCGGAAUCAGAACUGUCCCUCAGAGGAGAACCUUUGAUUCCCGGUUUACCAGACGAUGUUGCCCUGAACUGCCUCUUACGUGUUCCAAUCCAAAGCCACGUAUCGACGAGAUCAGUGUGCAAGAGAUGGCAUUUCUUGUUCGGUACCAAAGAAACGUUUUUCGCAAGGCGCAAGGAGCUCGGGUUUAAAGAACCGUGGCUGUUCGUAGUCGGGUUUAGCAGAUGCACAGGGAAAAUCCAAUGGAAAGUUUUGGACUUGAGAAACCUCACUUGGCACGAAAUCCCAUCGAUGCCUUGUAGAGACAAAGUCUGUCCACACGGAUUCAGAUCGGUUUCUUUGCCUCGUGAAGGUACAAUGUUCGUAUGCGGCGGGAUGGUUUCUGAUUCUGAUUGCCCUCUUGAUCUGGUCUUGAAGUACGAUAUGGUGAAGAAUCACUGGACCGUCACGAGCAAAAUGAUAACAAAGAGAUCGUUUUUCGGAACCGGCGUGAUAGACGGGAUGGUAUACGCAGCCGGAGGAAACUCUGCUGAUUUAUUCGAGCUCGAUUCUGCAGAGGUUUUAAACCCUUUGGACGGGAAGUGGCAGAGUGUUUCGAGCAUGGUGACUCGCAUGGCGUCUUACGAUGCAGCGGUUUUGAACGGGAAGCUUUUGGUUACGGAAGGAUGGUUAUGGCCGUUUUUUGUGUCACCGAGAGGUCAAGUUUAUGACCCGAGGAUUGAUCAGUGGGAAACAAUGGCGAUGGGGCUGAGAGAAGGAUGGACCGGUACGAGUGUUGUGGUUUACGAUCGGUUGUUUAUUGUGUCGGAGUUGGAGAGGAUGAAGAUGAAGGUUUAUGAUUCGGUUACGGAUUCUUGGGAGACGAUUUGUGGACCGGAAUUGCCUGAGGAGAUUUGUAGACCGUUUGCGGUUAACUGUUAUGGGAACAGAGUGUAUGUGGUUGGUCGGAAUCUUCACCUCGCGGUUGGGAAUAUUUGGAGGUCGGAGAGUAAGUUUGGUGUGAGGUGGGAGGUGGUUGAGUCGCCGGAGCGUUAUGGAGAUUUAACUCCGUCGCAUUCUCUGGUUCUGUUUGCUUGAAGGAAGGUUUGAUUGAUCUGUUUGGUUUGGAUUCCAUAAUUGUUUGUGAAACAUAUUGUAUGAAUAAGUAAAGAACUGUAUUAGAAGAAACACAUUGGUUCCUUAGUUUAUAUUCUUGUAUCAUAUAUUCAUGUAUCAUGUGUGUAUAAUUCGUGUUCACAAGUGUUAAAUGUAAUACUUCCGUUACAAAAGAA